AUGGAGAGGAGACGGGUCACCUCAGCGGCUCGCCGCUCCUACAGCUCCUCCUCGGACAUGGCGGGGGGAGGCCUGGUCUCCGGCCGCCGCCUGGGCCGGGGCACCCGCCUCUCCCUGGCCAGGAUGCCGCUUCCUCUCCCGGCCCGCGUGGACUUCUCGCUGGCCGGGGCCCUCAACACUGGCUUCAAGGAGACGCGGGCCAGUGAGCGGGCAGAGAUGAUGGAGCUCAACGACCGCUUUGCCAGCUACAUCGAGAAGGUGCGCUUCCUGGAGCAGCAGAACAAGGCGCUGGCUGCGGAGCUGAACCAGCUGCAGGCCAAGGAGCCCACCAAGCUGGCCGAUGUCUACCAGGCUGAGCUGCGUGAGCUAAGGCUGCGGCUCGACCAGCUCACAGCCAGCAGCACCCGGCUCGAGGUUGAGAGAGACAAUCUGGCGCAGGACCUGGGCACCCUGAGGCAGAAGCUCCAGGAUGAAACCAACCUGAGACUGGAGGCUGAGAACAACCUGGCCACCUAUCGACAGGAGGCAGAUGAAGCCACCCUAGCCCGUCUGGAUCUGGAGAGGAAGAUUGAGUCUCUAGGGGAGGAAAUCCGGUUUUUGAGGAAGAUCCAUGAGGAGGAGGUGCAGGAGCUCCAGGAGCAGCUAGCCCGGCAGCAGGUCCACGUGGAGCUGGAUGUGGCCAAGCCGGACCUCACGGCGGCCCUGAGAGAGAUCCGCACGCAGUAUGAGGCCAUGGCGUCCAGCAACAUGCAUGAGGCCGAGGAGUGGUACCGGUCCAAGUUUGCCGACCUGAACGACGCAGCCGCCCGCAACGCCGAGCUGCUCCGCCAGGCCAAGCACGAGGCCAACGACUACCGGCGCCAGCUGCAGGCCUUGACCUGCGACCUGGAGUCCUUGCGCGGCACGAACGAGUCCCUGGAGAGGCAGAUGCGGGAGCAGGAGGAGCGCCACGCGCGGGAGGCGGCGAGUUACCAGGAGGCGCUGGCCCGGCUGGAGGAGGAGGGGCAGAGCCUCAAAGACGAGAUGGCCCGCCAUCUGCAGGAGUACCAGGACCUGCUAAACGUCAAGCUGGCCCUGGACAUCGAGAUCGCCACCUACAGGAAGCUGCUGGAGGGCGAGGAGAACCGCAUCACCAUUCCCGUGCAGACCUUCUCCAACCUGCAGAUCCGAGGGGGCAAACGCACCAAAGAAGGGGAAAGUCACAAGGUCACAAGACAUCUCAAAAGCCUCACAAUACAAGUUAUACCAAUACAGGCUCACCAGAUUGUAAAUGGAGCCCCGCCGGCUCUCGAAACCAGCCUGGACACCAAGUCCGUGUCAGAAGGCCACCUCAAGAGAAACAUCGUGGUAAAGACCGUGGAGAUGCGGGACGGGGAGGUCAUAAAGGAGUCCAAGCAGGAGCACAAGGACGUGGUGUGA